AUGACUCGUGGAGGAGCAGAGCGAUCCACAGUUUGGCGCAGUUUGAUAGACUGGGGACACCGAGACAGAGUAGGACCGUUGCUGGAGGUGCUGCUUCCUGGCCACUCGGGAGCAGUGAAUUUGGCGCUGGGGGGUACGGAGAUGGUGGCCCUUUCCGAGGGUAAACUGUUUGGUACACCCAUAGGUGUCCCCAGCCAUGAGCAAAGUGAUUUAGCAAGUUUGACACUACGUGAGAUUACGCCUGAGCCGGUAGAAGUGUCGGGCGUCUCAAUGAAGGACUUUACUCGGCAUUGCAGGCAGAGUGAGGACCUCGGUAUCUCGCAAGCGCUGAGAGUUGAGGCUCCAUGUCUUACUACGCUCGUAGAAACCGACAAGCAUCCCAUAUUUGUCAAGGUGGCUGCUGGAAAGCAGCACUUCGCUGCACUAACGUCACAUGGCAUCUUGUAUACUUGGGGAAAGGGGGGCUUGUGGGGAGCAGGGAGUCCGUUGGGGCAUGGAGACAGCAAGCAUCGGUGUAGGCCAACACCCGUAGGCCAGUUCAUACACGCGGGAGAGUUUGUAGUGGACGUGGCGUGUGGUACAGCCAGCACUUGCGUAGUUACAAGCUCCGGGAGAGUUUUCAGCUCCGGAGCAGCAGAUUAUGGGGUAAAUGGCUCGGGGAUGCUCAUCAGCAGCCAAGUGUUCAAGGAACUGGAGUUCUUCCAAGGCAUACUUUCGCCGGGUCUUGUUGAGGUCAAACGCCGCAUUGAGGAGCUGCAGUUGCAGCAGCUUGAAAGGCUCAGGAAGAAUUUCGAAGAGAAGGGGAUCGAGAGGUCUCACAUUGUUGCAAGACCAUUCGAGGCCCCUCAGGACGCCCCAGAGGACAUGAAUUGCGGCAGCGCUACAGAGAGUGUGCUCUCUCCUUCAGUUUCCGUUGGUGGUGGCUUGAGGUUCCCAAAGGUGAUGUCUGGGACUUGCCACUGUGGCGUGUUAACGCCGGAGGGCGCUCUCUGGCUGUGGGGACGAAACGAUCGCCUUCAGUUGAGCAGAGAGAAGUCGGUGAUGGCAUCAGGAGGGGAAUCACACUAUCCGCUUUUGGCAGAGUUUUUCACUCGUGCUGGUCUGCCGUUAGAGAGCUGCUCUCUAGGCCCUUGCCAUUCACUUGCUCUCGCUAGAAAUGGGGCAGUGUACGAAUGGGGAGGACAGAACGCGGAGUCCCCACAUACAGUUGACUUGCACUGGGAAUACCCAGAGAGUAUUUUUAAAAGGCCUGUCAGGAAAGUGGUUGCUGGUGGCUUUUCGAGCACAACGGCCUUUUCGGCGGCCCUCACAGAAACUGGCGAGGCUUUUUUAUGGGGACCAGGGGUUCUGAAAAUGCCUCUAGGUCUCAAGGCCACUGAAGGCCAAGUACCUGAGCUAAUCAGGCCUCCGAUGCCCACUAGGGAGUCAAUGAGUCAACAGAACAACGUGGACUGGCGAGUACUAGACAUUUUUGCCGGGCAACAGGGCUGUCUGCUGGUCACCACAAACUCCGCGUAA